AAAUAGCCACCCCCCUUAACCCCUGUUUUUCUCACCAAACCACUCUCUAAUCUCAUUUCUCAAUCACAAUCACCAUCACAAUUUUUUUAAACCCAUUUUCUCAACUCUUCACUCCUCAUGGCAUCUAAGAAGAUUAAGAUUGGAAUCAACGGAUUUGGAAGGAUUGGGCGUUUGGUUGCGAGAGUUGCUCUUCAGAGGGACGAUGUUGAGCUUGUUGCAGUAAACGAUCCUUUCAUUUCCACUGAUUACAUGACAUACAUGUUCAAAUAUGACUCAGUUCAUGGCCAGUGGAAGCAUUUUGAUAUCAAGGUCAAGGACUCUAACACCCUUCUCUUUGGUCAAAACCCAGUUACCGUUUUCGGAUUCAGAAACCCUGAGGAGAUUCCAUGGGGUGAAGCUGGUGCUGACUAUGUUAUUGAGUCAACCGGUGUGUUCACUGAUAAGGACAAAGCCGCGGCACACUUGAAGGGUGGUGCAAAGAAGGUUGUGAUCUCAGCCCCAAGUAAAGACGCACCAAUGUUUGUUGUUGGUGUUAACGAGCAUGAAUACAAACCUGAACUUAACAUUGUUUCCAACGCCAGCUGCACUACCAAUUGUCUUGCUCCCCUCGCCAAGGUUAUCAAUGACCGAUUUGGAAUUGUUGAGGGUCUUAUGACCACUGUCCACGCCAUUACAGCUACUCAGAAGACCGUUGAUGGUCCAUCAAACAAGGAUUGGAGGGGUGGAAGAGCUGCUUCCUUCAACAUAAUUCCCAGCAGCACUGGUGCUGCCAAGGCUGUGGGAAAAGUUCUUCCAUCACUGAAUGGUAAAUUGACCGGAAUGUCCUUCAGAGUUCCUACUGUGGAUGUCUCAGUUGUUGAUCUCACGGUCAGGCUAGAGAAGAAGGCAACCUAUGGUGAGAUCAAGAAUGCUAUCAAGGAGGAAUCAGAAGGAAAAUUGAAGGGUAUUUUGGGUUACACCGAAGAUGAUGUUGUGUCCACUGACUUUCUUGGUGACAGCAGGUCAAGCAUAUUUGAUGCUAAGGCUGGAAUUGCUUUGAAUGAGAACUUUGUGAAGCUUGUCUCUUGGUAUGACAACGAAUGGGGUUACAGCUCCCGUGUGAUUGACUUAAUCGUGCACAUUGCAUCCGUGGCUUGAAGUUUAAAGCAUUGAUUGCAACAUUUUCUAAAUUUUUUCUUUCUGUGAUUCCGGAAAUAAAUAAAAAAACACUUUUGUGUUAAUAUUUGAGUGCUGUUGUGUCACUUAAAUACAAUUUCGGCCUUUAGUAUUUGGGUCUAGUUAGUAAGAGGGACAUUAUCAUAGGCUUUUUCUUCCUCUUGUUUUAAGAGAUGGAUGUAACUAUGUUACUUCAUUAUCAUAAUAUUUCAAUGUGCCCUAAAGUUUGUUUACUA